AUGACUUUACGGAUAGCAACUAAGUCUGUUUUUCCAGCCAGCCGUAUUUUUCCCAACAGUCUCUUACGAGAGUAUAGAAAAGGACAUUUCCAAAAAAGUAUUUCGUUUCGUUCACAAAAAUUAUCAUAUUCAACUCCUCACGAUAUUUCAGAAAAAGUUCUUAAAUAUUAUGAAGGCCUGAAAAAUCAUGAUCGAUAUUAUUUAGCCAAAGCUAUAACAUUAGUUGAAUCGUCGCGUAAGGAUCAUAAAUAUCAAGCACAACAAUUGCUCUCCAUUAUUCUCGAUGUUCAGCAUUCUUUAGGCAAUGAUGUACCGACAUUCAGAAUUGGCCUUUCUGGUCCGCCUGGCGUAGGAAAAUCUACAUUCAUCGAACGUUUUGGAAUGCAUGUACUUUCUCAGGAUCAUCGUGUAGCUGUUCUUGCCAUAGAUCCAUCCUCAUCUCGGACAGGUGGAUCAAUUUUAGGUGAUAAAACCCGUAUGCUUGAAUUGUCACGCCAAGAUGACGCGUAUAUUCGGCCAUCUGCAAGUCACGGCACACUUGCUAGAAACACUAAUGAAGCUUUAAUCAUGUGUGAAGCUGCUGGUUUCGAUGUGUGUCUUGUUGAAACAGUGGGAGUUGGUCAAUCAGAAACUGUGGUAGCAGAUAUGGUUGACAUGUUUGUUUUGAUGGUUCCGCCUGCAGGUGGAGAUGAAAUACAGGGUUUGAAAAAAGGCAUUGUUGAAAUUUCUGAUUUGAUAGUUGUCAACAAAGACGAUGGUGCUAUGGAAAGUGCAGCUAGAGAAGCAGUUACCGAAUAUACUAGCGCCCUAAAAUAUCUCCAGCACAAUACAUCGUGGACACCUCGGGUUACCAGUGUGUCUUCAAAAACAAGUAAAGGAGUGAAUAAUGUAUGGAAUGUUAUACUCGAAUAUUUCAACGUAAUGAGGAAUUCUGGCGAGUUGCAAAAAAGGCGAGGGAAUCAGCGAAAAUUAUGGAUGUGGCGCCAAAUAAAAUCCGAACUUCUAAAUAGAUUGAAUUCGGAUGAAUCUAUUAGAAAACUUGUUGAUGUGUUGGAAAAAAAAGUAUUUGAUGGGAAAAUGACAUCUGGUACAGCUGCUGAUUAUGUUGUUGAUGUUUUUACUCAUAAAAUCACACAAAAUUCGAAUCAUGGUAUAACCUACUAA